AUGGAGAAAAUCAGCAAGCACAAACCUACACUCUCAGUAAUAUCCAUCCUGGCAACAACCGAUCCAAGCAUACUGUUUGCAAACAACGAUGCCGAAAUAGAAUCUGAUUUCCUGUCGGCAUCGUUACUGGACCCGAUCAAGGCCGCAAUGACCCCAGAGAACUUUUCUGACAAGUUUAUAGAAAUUGAUGGAAGACUUUUCAUAAAUGACAGUUCAUUGAAAUGCUAUCUACCUAGUGAUAAAGAGGAAGCUAAAAGGUCAUUCGACCGUUACUACGUAGACAAACUCGUCUGGGGAAAUGAUUAUUCGGCUCCUGUCUCUGAUAAACUGUCACACGGUGCAAAAGUUCUUGAUGUCGCAUGCGGUUCAGGUGCAUGGAUAACAAACAUGGCCCUGAACUAUCCCGCUUCAACAUUUGUUGGAAUAGAUAUCGCUCCGUUAUUUCCUGAAGUUACUCCGCAGAACGCUGCAUUUUUUCAAUGUAACGUCGUCAAUGGUCUACCAUUUCCCGAUAAUUGUUUUGACUUUGUCAGGCAGGGGUUUCUCAUAAUUUGUAUGGAUUGGCAAAUAUGGACAGAAAAAGUAUUAAAAGAAUUAAUAAGAAUAACAAAACCUGGCGGAUAUAUUGAAAUUAUGGAUAUCGAUGGUCAGUUUCUCCAACCAGGAGAAAUCGGGAGGAAGCUCAACAAGUGUCAAUCGACACUUUUCAAAAAUGCUGGUAUUAAUUUCACCUCUGCCAAAAACGUGAUAACACUGUUAAAGUCGCUAAACAAUGCAGUUACAGCCGCACCGCUAGAGGAAAAACUUCGAAAAUUUGGAAGUCAAGCCGGGAAAUUAGGAGAAAUGUCAUUGAAAAAUUUCCUACAAUCAUUAAAAUCCCUGAAACCUGUUCUCACUUAUCACCUUGGAAUUACGAAUGACGAAUAUGAACAAUUGACGAUGGACCUGGGUGAAGAACUUAAUCGACGCAACUGUAGUGUAAUGAUUUAUCGCGCUAUUGCAAGAAAACAUGUGAAAUACGUGGCGUAA